AUGCUAACUUGCCCUCUUAACUAAAAAUACGUUAGACUAUGACAUGAAUUGCUUGCCCUUCCAUAUCUAAGUUUCUCCGGACUAGCUAACGUCUGACAGCAGCAUUCCUCUUGUCAGUUGAGACAGGAAUCAGCUAUUGUCACUACCAUUGUUGUAAAAUGAACAGCCAUUCACUUAAUAACAUCGACAGUCUUCUCUUUCAGUUUGCUGGUCAAAACCGGGAGCUUUCCCAAAAGAGGAAUGAAAUAAACCAACAAAUUAAAGUUUGCAGAGCUGACAUUGCUGAGAGAAGGUCUUACAUUGAAACACUCCACAGAAAUAUAGAGAAACUCGAGGAAGAACUCAAGAUGAAGCAGAGCACAGUGAUACACAAUAAAGCUAAUGCACAAAGCAUGAAGUCAGCUAACAGCCUGCUCCUUCAGUAUGAGCAGACACUAAAAGCAGAACUGGAGAGCAGAAAAGCCAGCUACAACCAUGACACGGAAAUCUAUGAGGAGAGAAUUGUAAGCUACAGAAAGAUAUUCCAGUCCCAUAAAGAAUAUUAUUACCAAAAUCCUCUGGCCCAAAAGCUCCUCACACUGCAGGCUGAAAAAGAGGAGACUGAAUGUAGGAUCAAGGCCUGUGAUGACCAAAUUACAAUGAAACAGCAGGAGCUGGACCAUCUCACUGGUCCAUUGGUCAGUUCUUCUUCCACCGAGAAACUACCAGAUAGUGUCUCUGGCCAACAAGGCACAACAGAACCAGAUAAGCAAUUAGAUCCUCAGACAGAGGAGGAUGGUGAUUCAUCUUUUGACAUAUCCUCUCUUCAUCUCAACCAAACAAAGAAUGGUCAUAAAAUUUCCUCAGAGGUAAAUGCUGGAGAUGUUCAUGAGGAAAACGAGGUCCAGGGUACUGUUGCUGGCUGCCAUUACCCAGAAGAAGCAAGCAAUGAGCUGUGGUCACAUGGACAGUUGGAUGAACAAAGUUGGGCAGAUGAGAUGCACACCGAUGAGCAGGGAAAGCAAACUGAAGUACAGGACCAAGUCUUGAAACAGGCAUCCACUGUGUCGGAGGUAGAGGAGGCAACGGAGGAUGAGGUGGAGGAAAGGGCAACCAUAAAUGAAGAUCAGGUACCAAGCAAAGAGGAUAAUGAGGGACUCACUGCUUUUUCUCAGUCAUCAACUGAAGAAACUAACCAAAAGUCCUCCCCAGCAAAAACAACACCUGUGCCUUCAACCCCAACAUUUCCCUUUAACUUUAGCCCUGCCAGCUCACCACAUCAGGGGACCUCAGAUAAAAAAUCUCCAGCUUUCCUGUUCUCUCUGAACUCUGAUCCUAACACCCCAGGUUUCUCUGGAUUUGGAUUUGAUGUGGCCUCAUCACAAGAUGAGGACUCAUCUUUCACUUUCACUGGCUCAUUUUUCAAUGAAAAGAAAACCCCAGAAUCAAAGUCUUCAAGAUGCCCUGGGUUUCUCUUUGACCAAUCAGAGCAAAGUGAAGACUUCCAGUUUGCCUUCAGCUCAGAGAGCCCCCAGACAACUAAGAAAAACGACUUUCCAUUUUCGUUAAACUUUUAAGAGGUAUAAGAGAAACAUCUGAAAUCUUAAUCAGUUUUCUUCCCAUACCAGUUCCUUGCUUAUUAUUUUGAACAGUUUUUGGCUGGGCGACAAAAAUUCAUACAGGUUCACUGUUUAACCCAGUUAUAAACUUCAGCAGAUUAAAAUCUAAGUGAACUUGGCCA